GUUAAUUUAAUUUUAUAAAUGAAUACAUAUACAUUAGUUGACUUUAGUAAUAAAUUUGUCGAGUUUAUAAAAACUUCGUCAUUUUUAGGAGAUAAUGAUGAGAAUCUCACAAUAAAUGAAGAUGUGUCGUUGGAUUCCCGGGAAUACCCCUCAAAUCAUUGUUCUGACUUAAAUUAUAAAGAUUUUAAUGAAUGUUUAUCAAGUUUAAAUUUAAAAGUUGAGGAGAUUUUGGAUAAUUUGAUAAAUUCUCAGACAACCAAACUAAACAUAGGUGAAAUAAAUUUAUUAAAGAAGUUACUGAGAGAUUUGUUAAAAAAUGGUAAAAUUGAAGGGAAAUCCAAGAAAUUAUUGGAAAUUUCACUCUUGAUUCUUAUAUUUCUAAAUGAAGAUGAGAAUGAUAGAAAUGAAGCGGAUUUGAAUAAGCUCAAGUGUACCCAGGAUUUGAGGUAUAAAUUUGAUCUAUGCCCACAACUAGCCAACGCUUUGGCCAACCAAGGUUUUCUCCCCGAAAAUCAGACGGAUAAUUGCCUCAAUUUUCUGGUUAGUAUUUGUUUGUUGGCAGUUGAAACGGGAAAUCCUCCAAAUGCGACUCAACUUUGUUAUGAGAUUUUAGUUAUCACUUUAAAAUCAGGACAUAGAAACAAGUUUAUUCUCCCGUACAUUAGGAACUUUGUUCUGAGUAACUCUUUUUUUGUGGCCAGUACUGCCUAUACUGAGCCACAGUACCAUGAGAUUUACUGGAAUAUUCGAAUUCUACAGUUGGCGUUGGCCUUGAAAUUUAUAAAUUCGGAAGAUUUUAACAAAGUUCUAGAGUUUGGAUUAAACUCUGCAAAACUGCAGAACAAGUCAAUUUACAUUUUAAACGAAGCUGUGUGCUUGUUGUCACAGUUGUGGUUAAUAGAACCCUUUGAGUUUGAUUUACUCAGAGAUGAUAAGCUUAAGCUGAUGAUGUUAAGUAAGCUUUUAACUGUUGGAGAUGAGUCGUUUUUGUACUUAUUUAGCAUCGAUUGGUUUGUUAAAGUGAGUUUAAGUGGCCCUAUUGAGCUCAGGAAACUUGCCAUAAAUUGUUUAUCCCAAAUGCCUAAAAUUGGAGAAAAUGAAAUAUUCAUUAACAAAAUUGAUCAUUUAACAUAUGAAAAUAAUUUUAAAGUCUAUAAAUCUGUUUUACAGAGUGUUGACUUGGGCAUCUUGGCCGUCAGGGCUAAAUUCUUACCCACUUUAAAAUCAUCCAUUUCGUACCUCAACAGGUUACACAGGCUCCUUAAUAAUAUUAUUUAUCAUGGGAGAUCAGGAAAAAGAGUUUUAAUACGGGAAAAUGCCACUGGGAUCACACACUCCCAUACCCCGGAGUACACAAAAUUUAUAGUGAAUAUGAACAAUGUAUUGAGUGGUAAAAUGAGCAGAGGAAGAUUUAACGACUGGCUAAAGCUGAUUAAAGUAAGUUUAAAGAGGAAUUACUACUCAAUUUUCCAGUUGAUCAAUGCUAUAAUAGCCACGAGAUCAGUGAUGUAUACACAUAACUCAAUGGGAGUUAAAGUCCAGUACACUGAUGAUUUAUCGAUUUAUCUUCUCCUCAGACUUGAUGGUACUUUUAGAAGCAUUUGCAGAGACUAUAUCAAAUGUCUCACAAUCUCAAGUCAUCACAUUGACUUUAAAUUUAUCACAUACAUCAUCAAGGUUAUUCACAAUUCAGUACACAAUCAGCCUAGUACAAUUAGUAAAAUUGUGUUAAAUACUAUGUUGAUUGGCGUUUGUGAGUAUUUGGAAAUUCUCUUCGAGUGUAAUGUGAGGGAUAUAUAUGGAAAAAAUCACACUAGAAUAAAUAAAAUGUCUAGCCAAAUUUUAACAUUAUUUGAAAGAAUAGUUGCAAAAAGAGUUGUUAGAGGUGAUUUCGGACUCCUGUCACACGUUGUUACAGUGUUAAAAUUAGUCUAUAAAUAUGACGAAAAUAGUUUUAAAAGAGUUGAAAAGUUGUUUUUGAAGGUAAUUUCAAUUUACGAAAGGGAAGAUUUAAGCCUAGAACCCAGGUAUAAAGAGAGAAUUGACGGCUGUAAAGAUGACUUAAGAGAGUCAAUUAUUGAUUUAUAUUUGGUUUUAAGUAGUAAAAAACUACCAUUUAAAAUACAUGAAAGGGCUAUUUUGGAACUUGUCAACUGUCAAAAUUUGAUUAAUUUAUGUAACGGUUUGAUCAACUCGGUGAAAUUUUACCCGAACAAGGAACUUGUUAGAACAUUGGCGUUCCAAUUAUCUCUGUUACAGGUCCAGAAUUUCGAUUCCAAGGCUAUUAAAAUGUUAAAGAAACUGGCUAACUUCGUGUUUCUAAAGCUCAAUAGGAGAAAUUGUUCCAUAGUACUGUGUGACUACAGAGGCCUGCACAUGUUCAAGUUUAAAAGUUAUAAAUUCAAGUAUUCCCAGGAUUCCAUAAACAAAUGUAUAACUGAGCUUAUAAACGUACAUUUAAAGCAUAUUUCACAGGUUUAUGAGAUUGAACUUUUUAACCCGGAUUACACAAUUUGUUCCGACGUUAUACAACAUUCCACCCACGAUUGCCCUGGAGAAUAAUUUUUUAAUAAUUUUAUAUUUUAUA